AUGAUCGAGAGCUGGGAUGAUAAUAUUUUCUACAAUCAAUAUUAUGCGCAAUGUGCGCCAAAACAUUGUUCUUAUUUUAUUACGUCAAGUAACAAUGCACUCUAUGUAUUCACUACAAUGAUUGGUUUGUUUGGUGGAUUAUUCGUUGCUCUUAAAAUUCUCGUUCCGUUAAUUGUUGGUUGGGUACGAAAUAAGAUGUGCGUCAGAACCGAAACUAUUAAUGUGACAACUAAUGACGCGCUUGUUGAGGUCUUGCGUAUAUUCCAUUCAAACAAACUCAUCAGUAAACGAGCAUUGUUGCGUCAAGUUGUUGAAGCACAAGUGAAAUCGGUGGUUAAUCAGUUUCGUCUAUCGAUAACACAAACAUUUAUACGUAUGCUCGACUUUAUUCGGCAGAUGGUUCAAAGAAAGGGUUUAGUCUCAUCUAUUUCCUUCAACUGGUUUGUCCUACCACCGUAUAUAACAACAACUGUGGUAGCGAUAGGAUCUCGGUCAUAUAGCGUCAAUAAUUAUUCAUGUGGUACAAACUCCAUGUGCGUAUCGUCUGCAGCUAUUGAUACAUGGAAAGUGCCUGGCUUUUUCGUUGGAUGUUCUCCACUCGAAUGUUUAUAUAUAUAUGACGUGUCAUGCACUAAUAAAUUAAAAAUGCCGAAUCAAUAUUCAAAUAUAACCAUUCGUCCUCUCGAUUAUACUCUCUCGUCUCCUAAUGUUACUGUUCAAUCUCUUGUGAAUUUACUUAUGGUCUAUCGAUGGGAACAGAGAAAUAUCAUCUAUGAGCAAUAUUAUGCAUCAUGCGCACCGUCCAUAUGUACCUACCGAACGGGUCAAUCCAAUAUACCUAAUUACUAUAAUUGUUGGUGUUCUUUCUUCUCUCAUUCACACCCACUCUUUUCAUCUAAGUCCCAAAAAUACGCUUCACACAUAUUCUGA